AGGAGGAGAGACCUCCAGCUUCUCCCUAUGUAGAGGUCCUGCGUGGUGGCAGAGGACAGCCAAAACUAGUCAUAUCUAAAGAAUAUCUACAAGACCUCAUUGACAUGCAGCUGUCUAUCUCCUGCAUAGCUAAGCUCCUUGGUGUCAGCAAAAAGACAGUGUUUCGUCGGAUGCAUGAGUUUGGACUAUCAGUGAAAGGCUCAUAUAGCAAUCUCACAGAUGGGGAGCUGGACAAUCUUGUGCGUUCUGUUAAGCUGAGAAUGCCACACAUAGGCUACAGAAUGAUGAAGGGUGAGCUGCAAGCAAUGGGACACCGAGUCAGAUGGGAGCAGGUUUCAGAAUCUAUGCACAGGGUGGAUUCUGCAGGGAUCUUGGAGAGAAUGGCUCAUUUGGGCUGUGUUGCUAGGAGAGAAUAUUCUGUCAAAGGUCCUCAUUCACUGGUCCACGUGGAUACGAAUCAUAAACUUAUUAGAUAUGGUAUUGUAAUCUUUGCAGGGAUUGAUGGUUAUUCCCGAAAGAUAAUGUACCUCGGUGCUGCUAAUAAUAACAAGUUUUCAACUGCAUUUGACUUCUUCAUGAGCUCUGUUGAAGAGUUUGGCUUUCCACUACGAAUUAGAGGAGACCAAGGGGUUGAAAAUGUUGGCAUUGCUAACUGCAUGUUCUCUAUUCGCGGAUGUGGUCGAGCAAGCUACAUAUCUGGAAAAAGCAUGCAUAAUCAAAGGGUGGAGCGCUUGUGGCGUGAUGUGUGGAUGGCGGUAACAAGUGUAUAUUAUGAGCUGCUUCAUGGUCUUGAAGAAGAUUGCCUGCUAGAUCCCUCCAACAGUCUACACUUAUUCUGCGCCCAGUAUGUCUUUGUGCCACGCCUCCAAAAGGAUCUUGACACCUUCGCCAGUGGGUGGGAUAACCAUCCUCUUCGAACAGAACAAAACCUGACUCACAAUCAACUUUGGACCAUAGGCCUUCUCCAGCAUCCUGUGGCUGCUCCAGAGAAUGUAGAGGUACAGCUCAAAAAUGUUAAAUCUGACGAAGAGACUGCUGGUGGAGUAGUUCUACCACCCAUCCAAUGCCCUUUGGGGCCACAUGCAAUGGCAGGACUGAGGGCAGCCAUCGAUCCUGUAACUCCUUCUCAGGACAAUGGAAGAGACAUUUGCCAAGCUGCUCUUGACUAUGUAGCACUCCACUCAUAAACAUGGCAGAAUAACAGUUAGCAAUUUGGAACAUAUCAGCAUGAAUGCUUUGAAAAAAAGUCUUGAUUAACAUUACCUGACACUCAAAGACUAAUCAAAGUGUCAGGUAGUACUUUGCUUGCAUAAAUAGUUCUUAAUGUGAAUCUGUGUUGGAUCUACUGUAGAUUUUUAUGGUUUCACUAUGUAGUCCACAGUUAAUAGACAAGGUAUUUGAAAUGGAAUUAGUAGCUAACCAUUUUGAUAUUCAUUUCAGUAUAUUUUUUCAAGCAGCUAAAAUGUCCAUGCCGCUAGUUCCAUAAAUGUGAGGAUUUGAUAAUGACUCUUUGGGUUGUUGGUUGUACAACAGAAGUAUAAAGAAUGUGUUAAGGGUUUUUUUUUUCCUUAUAACAUUUGAUUGGUAAACAAAUGUACAUAAAAUGUUAAGAAAUUAUACUGAAAAUAAUUGCAUGUUGCAGCCUUAGUUUAAACAACCAGUCUUUAUUUAUUUUUUGACAAUGUGCAACUUGC